GUCCCGCCUCCUUCCGCCGCGCUGCAUCCGGGCGCUCGCCGCGGGCCCCGCCGCGCCUGCGCACAGACGCCCUAGCCCAUCGGCUCGGAGGUGCUGCAGCCGUAGCGGAGACACCGGAUUGUGGCCCCUGGGACGCCGCCCGUUAAGAUGUUCGCCUGCGCCAGUCUCGCCACCUCGUCCUCCCUGAUCCGUGCUGGAUCGAGAGUCUUGUACAGACCAAUUUCGGCAUCUGUGUUUUCUAGGCCAGAGGUCAAGAAUGGAGAGGGCAACUCAACACUUAAUGGGGCCCAAAAUACUGUCUCCCGACUAGGACUUAGAGAAUUCCAGACUAGUGCUAUCAGCAGGGACAUUGACACUGCUGCCAAAUUUAUUGGUGCUGGUGCUGCCACAGUGGGUGUGGCCGGUUCUGGUGCGGGUAUUGGAACAGUCUUCGGUAGUCUAAUCAUUGGUUAUGCCAGAAAUCCUUCUCUGAAGCAGCAGCUGUUCUCAUACGCUAUCCUGGGAUUCGCCCUGUCUGAAGCUAUGGGUCUCUUCUGUCUGAUGGUUGCUUUCUUGAUCCUGUUUGCCAUGUGAAAGGAGAUCUGCCUUUAAUAUUGGCAUUGGAAUGUAACUGCAUUUUAUGGGACUCCCAGAAUGUUGGUAUCAUGGAAAUUGAUGCUAUUUCCAAAGUCAUUUCAUUAAAGAUAACAACUUCAACUGUCAA